GGGUGUAAUAAUUCUCACUAUACAUUCGGACAGCACUGCAGAAUGAUGAACUCACUGCAUAGUCCACUACAGAGUGAGUGACUCCGGACACGGCGCGUGCCAGUCACAGAGGAAGAGCAAGCUCGCCGGACUCUGAUUUACUGCUACGAGUUUUGUCCCUCCCGACAUUCCGUACUGCACCGUACGAACGCUGACGUGGGCUGGUCGCAGUUAGUAUAACUUAGCAUAGCAUAGCUCAGCUGUCAGUUAUGAGCGUAGCUGAGCUGAAUAAUUACAAAUAAAAGAGAAAAACGAAGAAUAUUUUAGUUGUUUUUGUGACUUAAAGUCAAUAAAAUGGCAGACUGGGAGGAAAUCCGGCGGCUCGCGGCAGAUUUUCAGAGAGUUCAGUUCACAGAGUCUGUACAGAGGCUGUCGGAGAGGAAUUGUAUUGAGAUCAUCACUAAGCUGUUGGCGGAGAAGAAGCUGGACGUCGUUCACACACUCGAUGGAAAAGAGUUUAUCACUCCAUCACAGAUCAGCCGAGAGAUUCGAGAUGAACUGUACACACAUGGAGGAAGAAUAAAUGUAGUGGAUCUACAGAAGAUCAUUAAUGUGGAUCUGGUCCAUGUGGAGAGCCAAGCGAAUGAAGUGGCCAAAUCCGAGAGAAGAACUCGGAUCAUUCUGGGACAACUGAUUACUGACCAUUACUUGGAACAGAUGUGUGAGGAUGUGAAUGAUAAGCUGCAGGAGGCUGGACAGGUGAAAAUCGCUGAGCUCAGUAAAACGCACCAGCUACCUGCAGAUUUCCUCACACAGGAGCUCAGUGCGAGGUUAGGCCGGCUGAUUGAUGGUCACAUCGAUCAGUUUACUGGACUGAUCUUCACCCAGAACUUUAUCAACAGACAGAAAGCAAAAAUACGAGGAUUAUUCAGUUCCAUCACCAGGCCGACUCCAGUAAAUAACCUUAUUGGCCAGUAUGGCUUACAGGACAAUCUCUUAUACUCUCUGCUGGAGGAGUUGGUGAACUCAGGCCGUGUCCUUGGGUCAGUAGUUGGAGGUCGUCAGGAUAAAGCUGUGUUUGUUCCUGAUGUCUACUGCAGAGCACAGAACUCCUGGGUCACAUCCUUCCUGACACACAAUGCCUACCUUGAGUUUGAGUCUCUGUCCCGUUUGGGAAUUCCUGAUCCAGUGAGCUACGUUAAGAAGCGGUUUAAGGACAGGAAGUUGCUGUUCCUGCGGUCAGUGUGUGUGGAAGCAGCCAUAUUGGAUCAACUGGAGGCCUCAGUGGAGGAAGCGGUCAACUCUGAAACUUGGAUCGACUUACAGCUGCUGUUGCCAAGCUGCCUCUCACAGGAUGAUUCAGCGACGUUGAUAGGUCAUGUGAUCCACUCGAUGCAUGCUCAGUCCAGUGCUCAGGUUCUUGGCACUGCUGUUGUCAGCGAGAAGUUUAUGAGCAGCUGCCUGGCGCUUUUUGAUGACCUCAUGCAGCAGAAAGCUCAGGCGGAAGUGAAGAGUGAUCCUGUGCUGUUAUUAACAGAGGAUGAUGUGAAACUGGCACCAGUGAUUGCUGAGAGCUCGAGUGCUAAACGAGACAAACGAGACGAGCGCAGGAAGAAAGCAUCAGAGGGCAGUGGCAGUGUACGAGCAGGCGGAGGAGGAAAUGCCAGAGAGAUCCGAACACGAAAAACCAAGAAGAAGAAUAGGAGAGAAGAGGAGAGUGAUGACGAAACUGCAACUGCACAGAGUAAGCCUGCAGAGCCAGUAUUCCUGUCAGUCCAGGAGAUUGUGGAGGUGUUGGAGAAGCACGUGUGUGAUUGUCCUGAGGAAACACUGGAGCUCAUUGCACAUGAGCUUGUCAGGCCGUUAUCAAGGGCAUACAAGGAAGUGGUGCACUCAGUUUUCCUGUCCUCCACUUCCACCUCCCACUCAGCUGGGAAACGCAGACACACGGCCAAGGAGCUACAGGAAGAAAUUAACACUUUGUACACUAAUGUCCGAGCACUAGAGCGAGGAACCAAGCACUUCUCAGAUGACGUUCAACUCCACAUGGCGAAACACAUCCUGAAAUCAGUGUGUUCAGAUCUAACCAAUGCGAUGAUCAACUUCUUGUCAGAUGAUCACAAGACCAUCAUCGACAAUCCCAGCUCCAUCACUGCUGAGGUGAGGAUGAAGAUUCUGGCCAAGUUUCCUGAUGAGAUUAAAGCUCCUCUGAUGAAACUGAACAGCAGCCUGAAUGGAAGAAGCAUUGAGGAAUUCCUCUGCAAUGUGGAAGCUGCUGCUGAGGAGUGUGGCAUCAUGCUUAAGAAAGGAGACAAGAAAAAAGAGAAACAGGUUCUCUCCAUACAUAAACACUCUCUGAUGGAGCAGUUGCAGGCGGCAGUUGACGAGGCACUUGUUCUGCAUCUUGCUGUUUUGCUGCUCUUUCAGCAACACACACACUGCAUGUUGCUUGCUCCGGGACGGUGUGUGUCAAGCAUCAUACAGACGCUGCAGAAUAAACUCCCACAGGAUCAGUAUCAGCUGUUGAUGCAGUAUCAUACUCUGGUGGUGAAGCGGUUGGUGGGGAAGAAAGCUGAACAGGCGGAUGGAGAGGGUGAAGGAUCAGCUGAAGAACUGCAGGAGAUAAAGACUCUCACUAAUGAUGUUAAAGAACUCAUCAUCUCGCCCAGAAAAUCCUCCACCUCAGACCAAUGAAAUGGAAGAAGGGCUGGAGCCAGUGGCUGCACACGUGUGAAAGAGCAAGGUGGAGACUGGGGAUGGACGCAAGGCCAUGACUGAGGGCGUAGACGAGAAAAAUGGACUGAUAUUUUUCUGAAAGAAUGUAACAAACCCUAGAACAGUUGAGACGCUCAGUUAGACCUUGGGUACGUACAUGGCAUUGUUGCUGUACAUUGAUAGUGUUAUUGUCUGGUCUUGAUGAUUGAACAUAAAAAUCUACGUGUUUAUGUAGUUAA